CCAACUGUACCAUCAUGGAUUCAAAAAAUGUGCACAGUCCCAUGUUCCUGGUGCUUCCUCCAGAGAUCAUCACUCCAGAAAACCAAACAACAGCAUUUACAGCCACAGCCUAUGAUCCCCAAAACCGAGUGCAGAAAAUCCUUAUUAGAAAAUUGGCGAUCUUAGGGGCCACCCAGAUCCUGUUUGGAAUCAUGAACUUUUCAAUUGGAGUUGUUUUUCUUUUCACCUUGGUAAACCCAUACCCAAGGUUUCCUUUUAUAUUUCUCUCAGGAUAUCCUUUCUGGGGUGCUGCUUUGUUCAUUAACUCUGGGGCCUUCCUGAUUGCUCUGAGAAGAAACACUACAGACACUCUGAUAAAAAUGAGCCAGGGGAUGAAUUUACUUAGUGCCCUGGGAGCAGCAACUGGAAUCAUUCUCCUCAUAUUUGGCUUCCUUUUAGAUGGAGAAUUCAUUUGUGGCUAUUCUCCAGAUGGUAUGCAGUGUGGUGCUAUUACCAUUCUAUUCGUUGGGAUUUUGGUUAUGUUGAUGAUCUUCAGCAUUGCUGAACUGUUCAUUUCCCUCUUUUCCUCAGUUGUGGGAUGCUACUCAGAAGAAUGUGAGGCAUGCUGUUGAAUAGCAACUGUACAAGUAAAAACACAAAAUGAUACAACACAGAAGCCAGUCCUGCUUUUGAGAAAGACCCAACACAUGUACAGACUUACAGAUCACAAUUAUUUGAAACAAUAUGGGUUGGGAGUGAUUGAUAGGGGACCAUUUUGGCUCAUGAAACACAUUCUGCUCCCUGAUAAUGGCAUUUCCUCCUCCAAUAGAAUGACUACCUUGGUGUAAUCACCCCCUCUUGCUCAUUGCGGCAUGGCCACUUUAUAAGCAAAGAUAGGAACCAAAGCUCAGACUCAAGGGUGACCAAGUUAUUUGACUUUGCUACUGGUG